UUGUGCGAAUUACGAAAACUGAAGACAUCAGCUUUAUUAUUUUAUUGAUAAUUAGUUGAUUAUAAACAAUAUCAACAAUUAAAGUCAUACGUAGAUACAAUAAUAAUUAGGUCAUGCCUUCAACGAGUUUCUUACAAAAUUUUGAUCCAGAAACAUCCACUCGCGAAAGACGAAAGCUAAAUCGCAAAAGUUACUUUACAAAAAAUAGAAAAAAUACGAAAUUGUACAACGAACUUGGCCGAUUAGCUGCAACUGGAAAAGAUUUUUGCGACUGUUUGGAUGAAAACUGUCCUGGGUGCCACUUCCCAUGUAGUAAAUGCAAUUCAAAUAAAUGUGGACAUGAAUGCAGAGUCAAUAGAAAAUGGAUGUAUGACAAAAUAGAAAUUGAAGGAAAUGACUUUGUUAUCAAGAAUGUUUAUAAAAAGUAAUACCAUAUUUAAGUGUUCCGAGUUUGUAAAAUCUUAUUUUGUUGCUAACAAUUUAAAGAAAUAUUCUACUUCAAUUUCUCCUUCUUCUGUGAGAUCUGAACAAUGAACAGCGUUGUGGACUAUAGAUUUGCCAUACUGUGCUCUAAUAGAAUUGGGAUAUAGUUGCCGACACAAAUCCUGAAAUGUUAGACCACUGUUAAUAAAUUUAUUUACACUAA